GUUGCUGUUGUGUACACACGGAAAUGCUGGAGCGCGCACUCAGCCAGAACUAGUAGAAAAUUGUUUCCGUUUUUAUGGUAUUUACAGAUUUCUUAAGAUUUAAUAAGUUGAUCUCUCUCCCCAAUUUAUUCAUUUCUGAACUUGCCAAAAAUGAAGUAGUUUUUACUCGUAAGGAUGUAAUGAUGGCGCUGACAGAAGAGUGUCAGUGAUCAGGAAGUGGAGUUUCUCUUGUGCGUUCAGAGCUGAGGCUAAACUCGUAAAAUAAAGGACAAUGAUUAUAGAAGUGGCAAUGUCGACCACUGCAACGCAUAUAGAUUUCUACAUUGGACUGGGACUGGCAAUCAGUUCCAGUAUUUUUAUUGGUGGAAGUUUCAUACUAAAGAAGAAAGGUCUUUUGAGAUUAGCCUGCAAAGGUUCAAUGCGAGCAGGGCAGGGUGGACAUGCAUACCUUAAAGAAUGGCUGUGGUGGGCUGGUCUUCUUUCAAUGGGCGCAGGAGAAGCUGCUAAUUUUGCUGCUUAUGCAUUUGCUCCGGCUACACUUGUAACUCCUUUAGGGGCUCUGAGUGUCUUAGUAAGUGCUGUGCUGUCUUCCUAUUUUUUAAAUGAGCGCCUAAAUAUACAUGGCAAAAUUGGUUGUGUGCUUUGCAUUUUGGGAUCAACUGUUAUGGUAUUUCAUGCCCCUCAAGAAGAAGAAGUAGAUUCCUUAAGCAUCAUGGCAGAAAAACUAAAGGAUCCAGGAUUUGUGGUCUUUGCUGUAGCAGUGGUAGUCAGCAGCGUAAUACUCAUAUUCUGCAUUGCACCAAACUAUGGCCAGAAGAAUGUUCUUGUAUAUGUACUGAUUUGCUCUAUUAUUGGCUCACUUUCAGUUUCUUGUGUGAAAGGGCUGGGCAUUGGAAUCAAACAAUGGUUUGCUGGCACUCUUGUAUUGAAGGACCCCCUCUUCUGGGUACUAUUAAUUUGCCUUGUGAUAUGUAUUAGUACACAGAUCAAUUACCUGAACAAAGCCUUGGACAUCUUCAAUACGUCUAUCGUCACGCCCAUCUACUAUGUAUUUUUUACAACGGCUGUAAUGGCUUGUUCUGCUAUUCUCUUUAAAGAAUGGUACAGUAUGUCAGCUGACAGCAUCAUAGGCACCAUCAGUGGUUUCCUAACUAUUAUUUUGGGCAUUUUUCUUCUAAAUGCAUUCAAAGAUAUAACAUUUACUUGGGACACUUUACCACUUUUCUUAAGAGGAGGUUAUAAAGGUCAGCAAUGGGAACAGCACUAUGUUGCUCUGCCACAGACAACAGAAACUGAAGAGCUUCUGAGUGAAGGAGCUAAAAAGGCACAUGCCCUUGAUAAAUCAAUCAGAAGAAAUGGCAAUGUUUCAGUAGCAUAAGACUAAAACAAAAGUGCUGAGGUACAUUCCUUAUGUGUGGUAUCCUUUGGAACCAUAAUGUUGUGCCACAACCUUUUUUUUUUUUUUGCACAGUUGAAGUUUUUAUGUAUCAAAAAGAACUUUCUUCAAACCAACUCCCAAUUCGUAAAUUAUAUCAAUUAUGAAAUAACUGCAGGUUCAUGUGAACAAACACCAGUUCAGCUGAAAAAGCCCCAUAAAAGAAACAAUCACUUCUUUUAAUGUUUAAGAAGGAACUUGUUGAUGUUGUCAUGUGCUUAAAAUGAUGGAUUUUAUUCUAGGGUUGAUAUUGGUCUUGCACAUUCCUUUUGCACUGCUUGGAACAUUAAUAACUAAGAAAACUUAGUAUAUAUUGAUACUUGAUGAAUACAUUUUCGAUACAUUUAUAUAUA